GUCUGGGGUCGGCCAAGAUUUUUGAUAGUACAAUAAAAUUGUAUUUAAAUAACAAAUCCAUAAAAUAGGGUAUUCAAUAAAUCUGGGGUUUAUCGAAAAUAUAAUCAAAACAAUGAGCAAGCUCAUCCCUUCUGCCGCUAAGCUCCUUAGCGGAACUUCGAUCACGAAAGCGGCCGGCCCAGUUGCAACCACUUCGAACGUAAAAUAUAGUACUAAAUCUGAAGCUACAUUCGAAAUUAAACCUUAUAAACUCCACAAAUUGGAUAAAGGUCCUGCUCAAUCAGCCACACUCACAGCUGAAGAUGCACUCAAAUUAUAUGAGAAACUGGCAGCACUCAGGAGAAUUGAAACAGCAUCAGGAAAUUUAUACAAGGAAAAGAUUAUUCGUGGUUUCUGCCAUUUGUAUUCAGGUCAGGAAGCUGUGGCGGUCGGUAUGCGUGCAGCAAUGCGUGACGUCGAUUCUGUUAUCACUGCCUAUCGUUGUCACGGAUGGACUCAUUUGAUGGGCGUCAGUCUGGUCGGUGUUCUGUCCGAAUUAACCGGACGAAGAACCGGAUGUUCACGAGGCAAGGGUGGUUCUAUGCAUUUGUAUGGGCGAAACUUCUACGGAGGCAAUGGUAUCGUUGGAGCUCAGGUGCCGCUGGGCGCGGGGCUGGCGUUCGCGCACAAGUACCGCGGCGACGGCGGGGUGGCCUUCGCGCUGUACGGCGACGGCGCCGCCAACCAGGGGCAGCUGUUCGAGGCCUACAACAUGGCCAAGCUGUGGGACCUGCCGUGCGUGUUCGUGUGCGAGAACAACGGCUACGGUAUGGGCACAAGCGUGGACCGGGCGUCCGCCAGUUCCGACUACUACAGCCGAGGAGACUACAUCCCCGGCAUCUGGGUGGACGGCAUGGACGUCAUCGCCACCCGGGAGGCGACGCGGUUCGCCAUCGAUUAUUGCACUAGCGGGAAAGGGCCGCUGGUGAUGGAGAUGGAGACGUACCGCUACUCGGGGCACUCCAUGUCGGACCCCGGCACGUCGUACCGCACGCGCGACGAGGUGCAGGAGGUGCGCCAGACCCGCGACCCCAUCACCUCCUUCAAGGAGAAGAUCCUCUCCAACGAGCUCGUUACUCCGGACCAGCUCAAGGAAAUCGAUACGCAAGUCCGUAAAGAAGUCGACGAAGCGACGAAACUGUCGAAGUCGGAGCCGGAGGUGGGCGUGGAGGAGCUGUCCGGCGACAUCUACUACAGCAACCUGGAGCCGCACAUCCGCGGCGUCACGCCGGCCGCGCCGCUGCGCCACCUCGACGUCGUGGCGCGCAACUGAUCCCACCCGCCACUAUUCCGCUGCUGAUCACUUUCUUGUAUAUAUAUAUUAAAAUUAUUUCAAUAAUUCAUCAUUCGACGAAUCGAAUAAAACUGUAUUGCCGUGUUGGAUGACCGUUGCGGCGGAGUGAUAGAAGUCAUUUACACUCUUUGGAUGUAUAGAUCUUAUAGAAAUGUUAGUUUAUUUAAAAAAUUACAGGCGACGUUAAAAUAUAUAGAGAGUUAGGAUAAUUAAAAAGUAUCGAUUGUUUAAUCGAUUUUGCGACGUCUUUUGAAAUCGUUUUUUUUUUUUUAUUCAUUGUUUAUUUUUUGUUCAUAUUGAAACUGCCACUUUGUAUGUCGUCAAAAGUAUACGCAUGUUAUUGCAAUUUUGUUCUACGUUAAGGGUAAUAAAUAUUUAUAAAAUAUUCUUAUUAAAUA